UCACUGGCUAUAGGCAUGCGCAGUCGAGCGGGGGCUAGAGCCGCGCGUGCGCAGAAGGCUGCUGGAAGGGCAGGGACCGGGAGCAGCCGGCGUGGAGGACGUUCUGUCGGGUCGGGGCCUCGGAGCGUGGCCGCCAUCAUGUUCCGGUGCCGCGUGGGCAUCCGGCUGCUGAGGGGGCUGGGCCCAAAGUCUCGGAGCCGGGCUGGAGGAGGAGGAGGCCUCUUGUGUCAGCGAUGGAAAGUUCCCUUAGAAGUCCAGCUGAGCCGGCACAUGGCUUCUUAUGGUGCUCCAGGGGGGAAGAGCGAAAACGUUGUCUUUGCUCUUCUUGUGGGAUUCACCACUUUAGGAGCAGGGGCCUAUGUCUACAAAACCCUGAAGGAAGACAAGGAGAGGUACAAUGAGCGCAUUGCAAGCCUGGGCCAGCGCCCCUCCCAGGAUGCAGAGCCCUCACCAGAGCCAGCUUCUGCCUCACAGAGCACAGCAGCCCCAGCGGCAGAGGCAGCCCCUCUCCCAGAAUUUCCAUCCCAUGUCCCUUUCCUCUUAAUCGGCGGAGGCACGGCCGCUUUUGCUGCUGCCAGAUCCAUCCGGGCACGGGAUCCCGCGGCCAGGGUCUUGAUUGUGUCAGAAGAUCCUGAACUUCCUUACAUGCGGCCUCCACUUUCCAAAGAGCUGUGGUUUUCAGAUGACCCGGAUGUCACAGAAACACUGCGGUUCAAGCAAUGGAACGGCAAAGAGAGGAGCAUAUAUUUCCAGCCGCCAUCUUUCUACGUAUCGCCUCGUGACCUGCCUCAUAUAGAAAACGGUGGAGUCGCUGUCCUCAGUGGAAGGAAGGUGGUCCACAUGGAUGUCAGGGGCAACGUAGUAACGCUGGACAAUGGCACACAGAUCUCCUACGACAAGUGCCUACUUGCUACUGGGGGUUCCCCAAGGAGUCUCCCAGUGAUUGAGAGGGCAGGCAAAGAGGUGCAGGAAAAGCUCACGCUCUUUCGGAAGAUUGAAGACUUCCGUUCACUGGAGAAAAUUUCCAGAGAAGUCCAAUCGAUCACCAUUAUUGGUGGUGGCUUCCUGGGCAGCGAGUUAGCCUGUGCUCUGGGACGGAAAGCACAGUCGAGGGGUUUAGAGGUGAUCCAGAUGUUUCCAGAGAACGGCAACAUGGGCAAAGUUCUUCCAGAGUACUUGAGUAACUGGACUACCAACAAAGUCAGGCAAGAGGGAGUGAAUGUGAUGCCCAACGCAGUUGUGAAGUCUGUGUCUGUUGCUGGGAACCGGUUGCUCAUUAAACUGAAGGAUGGAAGAAAAGUAGAAACGGAUCACAUCGUAGCCGCCGUGGGCCUGGAGCCCAACGUGGAAUUGGCGAAAUCGGCCGGUCUGGAGGUGGACUCGGAUUUUGGGGGCUUCAGAGUGAAUGCGGAGCUGCAGGCUCGCUCCAAUAUCUGGGUGGCAGGAGACGCCGCUUGCUUCUAUGACAUCAAGUUGGGCAGGCGGCGCGUGGAGCACCACGAUCACGCCGUUGUGAGCGGAAGGCUGGCAGGAGAAAACAUGACGGGGGCGGCCAAACCCUACUGGCACCAGUCCAUGUUCUGGAGUGAUUUGGGCCCAGAUGUUGGGUAUGAAGCAAUUGGCCUUGUGGACAGCGGCUUGCCCACUGUGGGGGUGUUUGCUAAAGCCACAGCGAGGGACACCCCAAAAUCUGCCACAGAAGAGUCAGGAACUGGAAUCCGCUCAGAGAGUGAAACUGAAACGGAAGCAUCGGAGAUCAAAGUCUCGGCUGCCUCACCAUCCAGCUUGCAAGCGCCCCAGCAAGGGGAGGACUAUGGGAAAGGCGUCAUUUUCUACCUCAGGGACAAAGUGGUGGUGGGCAUUGUGCUGUGGAACAUCUUCAACCGGAUGCCAAUCGCUCGAAAGAUCAUCAAGGAUGGGGAAGAGCACACUGACCUCAAUGAAGUUGCCAAGCUCUUCAACAUCCAUGAGGACUGAGCACCUUGCCCAGGGUUGGGGGGCAUUUGGAAACUGGAUCUGUGGCACAGCAAGGACCCUCGUGCAGACCAUGCGAGCGCCUUCCGUUCUGUGGCCCAUGAGUGUGAAUGUUCGUGAAUGCUUGAAGUAGCCCUGAAUUUGCACCGUGAAUUAAACCAGAUUAACUUCUGAAUUGCAAUCCAA